AUGCAAGCAACAGUCUCCAAGAAGGUUCGACCCGGUGCCAUAGAAAUAGAUUUGUUAAAAAAGGCCAUUGUUAUUCACUACGAAGCAAUCAUAGUUAAUAGGGACGAGGCCACUGGGGCUCUUCACAAGACCAUCCGACCUAACAAGAAGACCUUCCCCGUGGGGGUAUUUAGCCGAGAGAACAUCCCGGAAAUCGUUGAUGAGCUCAUUCUCGGGUGCAGUCUUUUUACAGAAAGCAACAGGGAUCUGCUUAAGUGCCUGCUUGGCGCUCUUCUAGAAAACCGUGAACUCGCUAUCUGUGGCGAGCCAUCUAUUAAUAAGAUUAAUCAAUAUAUUGAGUGCUUCUAUGACGAACUUCCGAUCAAAAUAGAAGCAACAAGCCGUAUUUUCAAGCUUUGCGAAAAGGCAGAGAACCUUAAUGUCUUGGCCUUCAACGAUGUCCUUCUUGCAGCAUUAACGCGCAGCUUGCGUGAGGACGGAGCAAAGUCCAUGUUAUUUGCGACAAACAUAUGCUUUAUUUUCUUUUCGCUGUCGCACCACUGCACCUAUGGACGCCAGCUUCUCAGACAAAACAUCCCCGAUGCCCUUAUAAGGCUAAUUGAGCAGGAGGAAAAGCGCCACAAGGUUUGGUACACUAAAAUAGCCAAGAUUAAAAAGGAUGUCCAGGCGGCCAAAGAUAUGGAGAAGGAGUCGAAGAAGAAAUACUAUUUGGAAGAGUAUGAGCGAUACAAGCGUAUGAUUGAAAUCCAGGAUAAGCUUCUCUUUGCAGCUAUUCAUACAGUUAUCAACCUGUCGGAGGCUGCGUCAGAGCUGCAGAACGAGCUUAUUUUAUUUUGUGAGAUUGAGAAGUUUGUGUCCUACAUUGGCACAAUCAUUAAGAGAAGGCCGAUCAAUCAGCCCCUUAUCGCUCUUGCAGUUACUUUCUUGCGCAGACUUGCCAUCACUCCCGAAGGCGCACGGCUCACAAUGAGUACGGAUAUUUUGGCUAAUGUAAUUAAGCUCUUGGGAGAAGACACUGCAGGAUCCUCGGUCGAUUCUAUCUUACGGUUUCUGUACAACUUAUGUUUCGAUGAUACAGCUAGACACACAAUUGUCAGGGCUGGCGUUCUUUUGUCUCUUCAGCCACAUUUUUCAAAACUGCUACAAGAGCUAGUGGCUGUUUUAGGCGAAAAGCUCUCGAUUACAUCUACCUCUGGGGGCACAUCUUGGCCCGAAGUAAGUCAGCUUCUACCGAUUGUUUCCAGACAUGACUGCCGCGCGGAGACAGCUGAGCUGGACCACAUAACGAACGUAGUUGUAGCUUACGCACGCUUUCUUUACAUUCUCUCCACAGAUGACUUAGGAUUAGAGUCGUUUGAGCGAACGGACAUCUUGAUGUUCUCCAUUCUAGCUGCAUGCCUUCUCCCUAGGCCACCAAUGGAACUAAUUGCCUUGCUCGUUAAUCUGUUUAUUUCAGGGCGGACAACUCUGCCAGUGAUCGCCUCUGGAAUCCUUGUUCCACUCAGUAGGCAGGCUGUGCGGCUGGACACUCCAGAAUUCUAUCUUAUGUUCAGCAAUAUAGCUACGCAUUACCCUAUGAUCCCGAAGCGUCAAAUUACUGACAAGUCCUUUGCUCAUAUCCCAGAACUUAUGGACGUCAUGUUAAAGCGUGACAGUGACAAGUACACGACAGUCUUACUGGGAGCGGUGGCAUCGGCACCUCUCCAGUUUAUAGCCAAGAAUCCAGGCGUCUUAAAAUUCACAGUUAGUUUAAUCCUCCGGAACUCUUCACCUGAACUCCUCAAGCUGGAAGCAAUAUCAAUGCUAAGCAAUCUUCUGAACUCCGGCAAGGUUCUCUUAAACCCAGACCACGUGAAGAAGCUUCCGGAGACCCUCUUGUCCUUUUUGGUCAAGUUGGAGGAUGAGCCAGAUUAUGUCGGGACCAUCCUACUUUGUAUACUGAAAGCCUGUGUUCAUGAAAACUUUAGGAGCGUGUUUCUUGCCACCAAAAACUUCUUUCCAUGCAUCCUUAAAUUUCUUUAUGAAACGGACGAAACGAUGUUGACCGUACCACCUCCCAGGAGUUCUUCUCGCGUGCGCUCACGGUCAACAACUACCGCUAGGGGAAGUGGCCAUCGAAAAGAGGGCGCCUUUGUUAUCAAAAGCGCCAGUGACAGCUUCCAUGGACGCUCUGCAUACAUCUGCUCUGUCCUGGCUUCAAUGAUUUUGGAUGUCAUAGCAGCCGAGGAACCUAGUCAGUUGGAUACUAUCACAAGUCUGAAGUUUAGGAAGUACAAUACUGAACUGUUAGCGGCACUAGAGUCAUGA